ACUGAAACAUUGGACGUCGUCCCCGCGAAUGCAACCGAGAGUCACCGGCCGACGGAUCGUCGUCGUUGCCACCGCGAGUGCCUUCCACCUUCACAGAAUGGAACAACUCGCACAGUUUGUUUCCAAAAGUUUUGACGAUAACGCGGCAACUCGAGACCGGAAGUGCCGCGAUGCACCCGCUGCUACCACCAUAACUUUGAGUGUUGCACAUCUCCUUGCACCUUCAAAUGACGAGGAGGAACCUACCAAACACCAUGGGAAGACAAUGGCAGAUUCCGUUGAGGAAGUAACUAAAGUCGUCAUUGAGGAUGUCAACGAUGUAAAAGAACCGUUAUCACCCGAAACGCGUCUCAUACCGGAAGACUUGUCAGUGAAUACGACGAAAACAAAGGAAAAUAAUAGUACGGAAAUUUUACCUUUAAAAACACCGGAAUUAAAACUAUCAGUGAGAAAAUUACUUGGCUGUAGUCCAUCGCCACCGCCACCAAUCACGAGUAGAGAACUUUCGCCCAAAUCGGAAAACGAUUUUAAAACCAAUCAUUUGCCGACGGACGGCAAAAAUACAAGUGUUGAGGCAAAAGUUUCUUCGCAAUUCACGAGGCCAUUUGGAGUGCACGACGAUACUACGAAAGGUGUCAAUUGUCGAGGAAGUGGGACAGGAAACGGAAAACAAAGAAGAUCGAGGACAAAUUUCACUUUGGAGCAAUUGGCUGAAUUGGAGAGACUUUUUGACGAAACUCAUUAUCCUGAUGCCUUUAUGAGGGAAGAAUUGAGCCAACGAUUAGGAUUAAGUGAAGCUCGUGUUCAAGUUUGGUUUCAAAAUCGACGUGCAAAGUGCCGAAAGCACGAGAGUCAGUUGCACAAAGGAGUUUCGAGUGGAAUGGUUUUGGCACCAAGGAGUCCGCCGACGGCUUUGGAACCUUGUAGAGUGGCUCCUUAUUUGCCAGCAUUAAGAUUGCAUCCUCCAAUGCAACAAAGUGGCACAAACACAACGGUUUCAGUGACUGCAGGAUCUGCUUUUGAUCCUGCAGUUCUUCAUUAUGCAGCUGCAGGAGGACUCUUCUGCCUUCCACCACCAACGCACCCACACCCUCAUCAUUUGAGUCUCGCAGCAUCUUUGGCCGCUGCUGCAGCGCGCUCUAAGAGCAGCAGUAUCGCCGAAUUGAGACUUAAAGCGAGACGACAUCAGGAGGCUCUCGGAUUGGACAGGCCCGCGUAAGGUAUAACAAAUUAAAAGAAAACAAAUUUAUUCCACCACAUUGUCAGUGAACGCUCCAUCAGGUAGACAAUAUCUUUAGUUUCAAUAUUAUAUCAAUUGUUUUAUAACAGUGUUUCUACUACAUUUAUCAUAAUUAACGUUCAAUUUCAGUCCAAUACAUGAUUAAAAACAAAGCUUCCUUUUCCUCCCUUUUGGAGCGUUCAAAACUUCUUCAUGUAUUUUAGAGAAGUACAAAGUUUAAUUAUUUAAUGUGUAAAAAGGAUAAGAUGUAAUAUAUAUUACAUAAUUGUAGAAAUUAGAAACGGAUAUAAAUAUUAAUUAUUUGGAGA